AUGUUCUCCCCGGAGAUGCUGAAGGCCGCGCAAGGCAUGAUGGCGAACAUGUCCCCAGAGGACAUGCAAAGAAUGACUCAGAUGGCAGCCAACAUGGACCCUUCCGUCAUGGAGGGCAUGAUGAAGAAUAUGGGCGGCAACGUCCCGGCCAUGGAUUCAGGCCAGAUGCAGGAACAGAUGAAAAGGAUGGGGCAGAUGAGCCCUGACGAGCUCAAGUCGAGUAUGAGUCAAGCGCAGCAGCAGAUGGGUGGCCAGAAGCAAUACAUGUACAACGCAUCCAUGCAGCUGAAAAACGAAGGUAACGACCACAUCAAGGCUCAGAAGUAUUCCGAUGCUUUGAGAGCGUACAGCAAAGCUCUGGAGAAUCUGAAGCCUUUUGCCGGAGAUGACAUCUCACAGCUGCGGUUGUCCUUGAUGCUGAACUCUGCCAUGUGCCAUUUAAAGCAGAGUGAUCCUGCACGGUGCGUGGAGGUAUGCGAAGAAGCACUCCAAAUCAACAGCCAGAGCGUCAAGGCGCUUUUCCGGCGGGGCCUGGCCCGAGUGGGCCUUGGCCAGCUGGCUGGGGGUGUUGCCGACAUCAAGUUCGCAGCAAAGCUGUCUCCAGACGACACGGGCUUAGUUGAGGGCCACGUGCUGGCUGCAAUGGGGCAACGGGGAGCGGUGCUGCAGGACAAGACGAUUGCCUCAGAGUUGCAGCGGGUGGAGAAAGACUGCAUGGGCAAAGGUGUGUCUUCGGAGGCCAUCGACGCGGCCCAGCAGAAGGUCGAAGAGGCAGCCACAAAAGGCUCCAGCGCGUCCAGCGCGUCCUCACCUUCAACCAGCUUUCCGAGUGCGGGCGGCCAGAAUGUCGAGCAGGCCAUGGAGCAGAUCUCCAAGAAUCCGGAGAUGGUCUCCCAGGCCACGGAGAUGAUGAAGAAUAUGUCCCCGGAGGACAUCGAGCGGAUGAUGGCCUCCGCACCCUUGCCUCCGGGUGUCGACAAAGAGACAGCACGAAAGCGAAUGGAGGCCGUCUCAAAGAAUCCAGAGAUGCUGAAAACAGCCAUGGACACGCUCUCGUCCAUGCCGGAAGAGGAGCGGAAGCGCAUGCUGCAGUCCGCGGCUGCCGGUUCCGGAGGGGCCGCACCGGACUUCAGCAAGAUGGGAGACCUCAUGAAGGAUCCGGCGGCCAUGAAGUCUGCCAUGGCUGCGGCCAGUGCCAUGGGCCAGGGCUCCGGGCCUGAGGCAGAUCUCAUGAAGAAGAUGACGGAGAGUCCCGAGAUGAUGGAUGCCAUGACCAACAUGAUGAAAAAUAUUCCCCCGGAGCAGAUGCAGAAGAUGAUGGACAUGAGCAUGAAGAUGAAGUCGGGAGGCGACGGCACGCAGGAUCCAUCGCAGAUGCUGAACGAUCCGGAGAUGAUGAAGGCGGCGGAGGAGAUGAUGAAGAACAUGUCGCCGGAGGCGCUUCAGAGCAUGGCCAAGUCUGCUGGCAUGGAGGUCAGUGAGUCUCAGGCCAAAAUGAUUUCCAGGGUCAUGCCCUUCAUGAUGAAGGCCCUUAAACUUUGGGGCCAUGUGAAGGGCAUGUUUUCAGCAAUGUUCAGCCCAAGGGGCCGAAUCGUCCUUGCUGUUGUGAUUCUGCUGGUCGCUGUCGGCCAGCACUACUACUUCUCCGAGAAGUAA